UGUGACCAAAAGAAAAACGAGAGAGAACCUGCAGUCUUGUACUACUAGCUAAGUUAGUGGAGUCGUGUUCGCUUACCUUGGCCAUGGCGGCCAUGGGCGUACGCGUACUCAUCAGCAUCCUGCUCCUCCUCCUACUCGCACCACCGUCGCUGGUGGCCGCCGACGACUACUGCGACAACGUCAAGGCCGUCGGAGCCAUCCUCUCCAAGAACGCCUCCGCUUCCCCGGUACACUUCGCCAGCGCCACCUUCGGGCAAGUCCACGACGUCGUCUCCGCGCUCGCGCUCUGCGGCGGCGACAUCCUCGACGGCUCCGCCUGUGCAGGCUGCAUCACCAGCUGGUUCGACAAGCAGGCGGUCAACACGACGCAGUGCGCCAGGGUCGGCUCCAACUACCGGGACUGCAUCAUCGCCUACGGCGGCGCCGCCGCCAACAUCCUCGGGGCGCCCUCCAACGCCACGGGAGGGUCCGGCGACAACACGCCGCCCUUCGAGGACUGGAGCGUCAGGAACGUCUCGGUCUCGGGCGGCGCCGGCGGCGUCCCCCUCGUCGUCGGCCUCACCCGCGAGCUGCUGGUGGCGACUUCGGAGAAGGCGGCAGUCACGGCUCCGAGCCGGUAUGCCACCGGCAUCAUGGACUUUCAGAGCGUGACGACCUACCCGAGGGUGUACUCACAGGCUCGGUGCACGCCGGACCUGCCCGCCGACGAGUGCUCGGCGUGCCUGCGCCGUCUCCUCGGCAUGGUCAACUCCACCAUGUCCCUGCGCAUGGGUGGGCAGAUGGGUGUCACGCGCUGUUAUUUCAGGUACGACGCGUUUCAGUUCUACUCUGGUCAACCACUGCUAAGUCUGCCGGCGCCGGCGUCGGCGGCAGCUCCGACUCCGAACAAAAGCAGGAGGAGCAUGUUAUGGGUAAUUCCCGUGGUUGUGGUUCCUCUAAUUACAGCUGCAUUUCUCCUCUUCAUCUGUUACUAUCGUCGGAGAAAAGGAUCAAGAUAUGCAAGGAAGAAGAGGCAAGGGGAAAACUCGGAGUUCUCUUUGUUUGGCCUUGCAGAGCUACUGGAGGCGACAGGUAAUUUCUCAGAGGAAAACAUACUUGGACAAGGUGGUUUUGGCACUGUCUACAAGGGCCAACUUCCGGAAGGAUUGGAGAUAGCGGUCAAGAGACUUGCUUCGCAUUCAGGACAGGGUUUCAUAGAGUUUCAAAAUGAACUCCAGCUCAUAGCCAAACUCCAACACAUGAAUUUGGUUAGGCUCUUGGGAUGUUGCUCCCAAGAGGACGAGAAAAUAUUGGUCUAUGAAUACUUGCCCAACAAAAGCCUGGAUUACUUCAUCUGUGAUAAUAAUAAAAGAGCUUUACUGGAUUGGUCAAAACUCGUAGCAAUAAUUGAGGGAAUAGCACAUGGACUUCUUUACCUGCAUAAGCAUUCCCGGUUGCUUGUUAUACAUCGAGACCUUAAACCGAGCAAUAUUCUUUUGGACAGCGAAAUGAAUCCAAAAAUUUCAGAUUUCGGGCUAGCAAAAAUAUUCAGCUCAAAUGACACAGAAGCAAACAUUACAAGAAGAGUGAUUGGCACAUAUGGCUACAUGGCCCCUGAGUAUGCUUCGAAGGGCGUCUUCUCUAUUAAAUCCGAUGUCUUCAGCUUUGGUGUAAUCAUUUUGGAGAUCCUUAGCGGAAAACAGAAUUCUGGUCAGCAACAAUGUGGAGAAUUCAUCAAUCUGCUUGGACAUGCAUGGCAAUUAUGGGAAGAUGGAAAAUGGUUUGAUCUCGUUGAUUCAUCAUUUGUUCCCCAUAGUCACUUGGCAAAGAUGAUGCGAUGCAUUAACAUAGCAUUGUUGUGUGUACAAGAGAAUGCAACCGAUCGACCAACCAUGGGAGAUGUUGUUUCAAUGCUAAGCAGUGAGACUAUGAUCUUGGAUGAGCCUAAGCAGCCAGCAUAUAUCAAUGUAAGAGUUGGAAAUGAAGAUGUGUCAACUGCUCCCGACUCAGAUAGUAUUAAGGAUAUGGCAAUAUCUGUCACAACUCCAAGAUAGUUUUUUUCCUCGUGUUAUGUUUUUAGUGUCAUGCUGUAGUAUUCAUAUAACAUAAAUUUUGUAUAAUGCUUAAGUUUAAGUGUUGUUUCAAAUGUGAGAUUGUGCACACUAAAGAGUAUAAAGUAGCUUUCCAAACUAGGAGGAGUACAUAAUUAGAUGCUUUCCAUACCUUUGAUUCUCCUUUCCUUU